AUGAACUCCUUCUUCUGCGAAGACACGAAGGAGGAAGAACAGCUCCUCCAGAAAAUCAUCAAAGUUAAGGAAGAAACCUUGCCCAACGUCAUUCUGGAAAUUCUGACCAACAAAUGUUCGUCCACAAGGAGGCCGAAGGGGGAGCAAGAGAAGGUCAAAGUGGAACCCCACUUUUCAGGGCACUCCCACCUGAGGAAUAAAAACCAUGAUGGGUGGAGUGAUCAGACGCAUCUAUCAAAAAAGGAGGAAGAAAGUAACGUCCAACCUGCGGACGCCCAAAUUGUGAACGCCGAAAUUCUGAACUUAAAACUCAACACCAACGUUUUCCCCUUCCAUCUUAAAAAAGAUGGACACGUGAAUGCAGACACCUUUUUUAUACCGUACAAAAGUAACAACGAUGAGGAUGUCAUAACGGAGUAUACGUAUAGCUAUAGCUAUGACGAUGUGUACAGUCCGAAGAUCGAAAAGACAAACAAACUGUUUCAUGCGAAUAAGGGUCGGUUGUGUGAUGUUGCACGAGGGGGGGAAGAGGACGGGGUUAUUCCUCAGAAGAAGGUUAAAAUAAAACAGGAGAGCGAAGACGCACAGGAAGAUCGACUUCCUCCCGACGGAUUUGUCGAAUGGAACAUACAAAAAAGUGAGACAACGGAAGGCGAAACGGGGGAAGAGACUCCAGCAGAAGGGCCACCCUCUGUUACAAAUGCAAACCUCGCUUGUAAUGCAAACAACAUGGAAAAGUUUCUUGUCCACUUUAGGGGCAGACUGUUCAUCGGAUGUAAUCUCAUAUAUUCUCACUUCAAGUGUGACACCUUUCUAAGCACCAUACAAGGUAGAGAAGUGGACGAAGGGGAGGGCACUCCGGUCGGAGAAGACCAUCUCCACUUUGUUAAAAAAGAAAUACAAACAUACAACUUAAUUAAGAAUGCGACUUAUUGGAAACAGGAUGAAUAUCCGGAUGUUUCCGACCCCAAUAUACAGAAGUUUCUCUUCUUGACGGUCGUGCCGGCGCUGUGUGAUUAUGCGGAGGAGGGGGGGGAACAGGCCUCCGACGUUGUCUUCUAG